AUGACUGAGUCCUCUGAUGCCAAUGCCGCAUUCUUGGCUGUCCUCAUGCGCGACCGUGGGCAUCUUACGACUUACGACGAUUUGCCGACGCCCACUGCUGGUCAGCCUGGGCCCUCGCGGCGCAUAAAGCCCUCUUGUCACCGUCGAUCGACGAGGGAGGUGACGGGGAAACAGGCUUUCGUCAAGGACCCAUCCCCCCGCUCCGCAACUGGCGCUCGCGUGCGGCGGUCACCAGUGGUGAACCACGACACGGUAUCAAGCUCCUCGAAAAAAGCAUCCCGAGACGACAUGACUCGCGGACGUAGAAGGGGGUCAGAAACGGCUUGCCACCACACCCAUGACGAGUAUCCACCUUCCUGGCUUUCUACCGCCACUCUUGCGCCGUGGGUGUCGGCAGAGUCAUUGCGCAGCAGGCCAACGACCCCGUCGACUGCAUCAUCCCCUCAAAUGCCUUUGCUGUCGCCUUCAGGAUGGUCCACGGACACUGAUACAGACAGUGAUAUUUUCUCGUUGGACGAUUGGGGGUCCGACGAUGUGGACGUCGUCGAAGUGCCCGCCGACGAAAUAGAAAAGAUGUUCAGCAUGUACAUCAACGCGGAGCUUUGCUUGAACGAGUAG